UACUUACUAGCCAUUUUGUCACAACAUUAACCUAUUGUUGUGAUGUGUCUAUCUCGAAUGAGUUAUGUCUAUUCCAAUUUAAUUAUACAAGCACUCGUAUUAGAAGGCUCUACGAAUAAACAAAAGUGUGAACACGGGAAAGGAAGUGUUCGCCAGUGAGAAAACGAACUUAACGUCGCCUCAAAUGUCAAAUUUAUCGAAUAUUCGUUAUGCUCUCCAUUGCUUACCGCCGGAUGGUGACAUGAAUCAGUGAUGGCUCUCAAACUCUGCGUCAUUCUAACUCUGUCGCAUCGUAUCAAGUGUUGAAAUCGGUAAAAUAACAUUCGAUCGACUUUAAUGUUGUGUGUUAAGUGUGAUAUGAUAGAUAAAUCCUUUUAGAUGACUUUAAAACAGUGCACGAUGUUGGUAGUUACUGCUCCGUGCAGUCAAAAUGGCCGUCGGAUUUCGACGUUUUGUUCCGUGACGAGAAAAUUUAUAGCUAAUAGUUGCAGACUUGGAUACUAAAGUGAAUAAGAGCAAUAUGUGUGACCCAGAAGAAGUGUCUCAGGACGUGUGGAACAGAUGGAUAUUGGAGGCUAUUGCCAAGAUUCGAUCCCAGAAGCAACGUCCUUCGGUGGAAAGGAUCUGUCUUGCCAUCAGACAACACCACAACUACCACGAAGAUGUCAUCGGAGAACAUCUGGAGGUUGCUGUUAAGACUGGCACCAUUUUGAAGGUUUUCAACAAAGGUCAGAGCUCUUACAAGGACCCCAAUGGGAUGCAAAGCUCCAGAUCAUUAAACAUAGGAAAUGGUGCCGAUCUAACGAAAGUUGUAGCCAAAGCUGUCCGAGAGUUGGGGGAGAGGGAAGGUUCCUCUCUGAAGUCGAUCGAGAGGUACUUGAGACAAUCACACACAGUUUUGGAGACCCCGGAACACGACCUGAAGAGCUAUGUGAGGCUGGCUACGAAGACUGCAGUGGCUAGGAACUUGCUCAUCCAGGACGGAAAGUGCUUCAAGUUCAAUUGCAAGGUGAAGCAGAGCCCUCAGGGAAAGAAAAGGAAGGUUGUUGAGGACAAUGAGAAUAAUGUUCCGAAGGGCCCCACGUCUCUGCCGAUAUGCUCGGAAUGCCUGGGCACCGAGGCGAAGAACAAGAACGGGGUCGCCGAGAAGCUCAGCUCUUGCGAGGGUUGCGGAUCUCUGGUGCACCUCAGCUGCACCACGGCAGGACCGGAGUUGGCAGCCCUGAUAUCGAAAGGUUGCCGGUGGUUCUGCGAGGAGUGCAAGACAUGCGACGGUUGCGGUAACACGGGAGUGUCGACUUGUCUGCUAUGCUGUUGUGGCUGCGAGCGAAAGUACCACAUGGACUGUCUGGACCCGCCGGCGGAGAAGAAGCCCAAGUGCCCCUGGAGGUGUAGGCACUGUUUGGAGCACCAUGAUAACGUCAGGACGAAGCCGGAAGUUGUUAGCAGCGCGAAGAGAAGACUGGAUAAGGUUAGAGAGAAGAAUAAGGAGAAAAAGCAGAAAUUAGUCACCCCCUCCACCCAGACGCCGAAAAGCGCACAGCGCAAAACAGCGAAGGAUACGGAUCGCUCGUCGCAGCUCUCCCUCUCGAGCGACGACAGCGAGAACAGCAGCGAUUACGAGGGUACGAUGUCCAAACCAACCACCACAUACCACCACCCACAACAGCCCCCCGCGCAACCGCCCUCCCACCACGCUCCCAAAAUCCCCACCCCCGCGAUAGAAACCGCCUCAGACCGCCUGGAAACGUCCGACCGCAUGUCCAAGGAGAAACAGAAGUUCUUCAGACUGUCGGCCUUCAACGCCGACAAGAAGAAGAACAACGACAAACAGAAAUUGCAAAACAAUUUGAAAGAAGAACCUAAAAAUAUCAAACCUAGCCAAGAAAACAAUAACAGGAGGAACAACACGAAAGAAAAUAUACAAAACAAGGGGUCUAACCAGCCGAAUAACAGGCAGAACAAAAAGGAUGUAGAUAAGCAGCAACAAAAGGUCGAAACGAAAAAUCCCAAAAGAACAACACAACGAAGUACUACAACAGCGGACAAAGCAAAGUUGUGUCCGGUGCUUGACCGGAUAGAUCUCACGAAUAAAACGAAAAACGCCAGCGAACUAUCCGAAUCCAGCAGUGAGAAUUCGGACGAAGACCAGACGAAAGAAGGUAGUUCGUCGUCUAGUAGUUCGGAUUGCAGUAGUUCUUCGUCUAGUGAAGACGACGAUGAUUCGUCGUCCGACAGUGACACCUCUGAAGAUAUCGACGAUAAGAAAAACCAAUUGAGGAACAUCAAAAUACCGCCUAUAUUCAGUAGGACGAAAGAAAAGGUCGAAACUUUCGGCAGUAUCAGCGGCAUAAGCGUAGAUAAGGACGAGCCUUGGGGCUUUGCUGCUGCAGCUGCCAAAUUGAAAGAUAGCGACAAGGUCGAAUCGCCGUUCGGUAAAUGCAAAGAUAAAGCAGUCUCGGAAACCAAAAAGGUCAUUCCAGAAAAACAGAGCGUAAAAAACGAUCAAAACAAUAGCAACACAGAAAAGGGUAACAAUAACAAAGGGCUCGGUCAGCUCAAAGGACUAUUCGAUGGGUUGUCCCAUCUGUUCUCUCCACCGAGCGAAUCCAGAGCUAGCAGGUCCACCCCUAACUAUAACCCUACCAGACGAAAGCAUAAGGAAGAAGACCAACCUGCUAAAACCGAGACCAAACCGCCAAAACCGGAACCUGUCCGAAACCAGACCCCAAACCCGGAAGAACCCUUGAGGUCUUCCUCCAGAUCGAGAAACAGAGACAGGAGCUCCGAGAUUGAGGAGUCCCAGAAGGUCAAGAAGCAAAUGACCCCUUCCAACCUGGUCAAAACGGCCGUGAACUGUAAGAGGCUAGAGUCCGAAAAGAGGACGAGACCAGUCAAGACCCUUGAGACUGAGAAUGCGGUCGGCCAGGGAUCUGCGGCGGUCAAAAAAUCGUCGGAGACCUCCGGUAGCCAGUGUGGUAUUACAGGGCGUUCCAAAAAGCGUGACACGGCAAGCCAUAUCAGCUACCAGUUAUCCCAGAUCGGCAACAAUCAGACGGAAGAUAGACCGCCUCCUUUGCCUCCUGGGGUCAAUCAGAAGGAUGUGGAUCUUUUCAAAGAAGCCAGAGAGAAGGCCAACAAGAUAACGAUAGUAAAUGAGGAGAAUAAUCCACUCUCUUCACCGUCUAUGGCAAUGGUGAACCAAGGGAGGUGUCCUGCGGCUAUCGAAUUCGGAAAAUACGAAAUAAGUACCUGGUACUCAAGUCCUUUUCCCCAAGAGUACGCGCGUCUACCCAAACUAUUCCUCUGCGAGUUCUGCUUGAAGUACACGAAGAGCAAAGCAGUCCUGGAGCGUCACCAAGACAAAUGUACCUGGAGACAUCCACCCGGCACGGAGAUCUACCGUUACCAGAACUUGUCGGUGUUCGAAGUUGACGGUAACGUCAACAAGAUAUACUGUCAGAAUCUCUGCCUGUUGGCCAAACUGUUCCUGGACCACAAGACGCUCUACUACGACGUGGAACCAUUUCUGUUCUACGUGUUGACCAAGAACGAUAAGAAGGGCUGUCAUUUGGUCGGAUACUUUUCCAAGGAGAAGCAUUGUCAGCAAAAGUACAACGUAUCCUGCAUAAUGACGAUGCCUCAGUACCAGAGACAGGGAUUCGGCAGGUUUCUGAUAGAAUUCAGUUAUCUGUUAUCCAAGGAAGAAGGCCAACCAGGCACACCGGAGAAGCCGCUUUCGGACUUGGGUCGAGUUUCUUAUCACGCCUAUUGGAAAUCCGUGGUGCUCGAAUAUCUGGACAAACACAGGGACAGUCAGCUCAAACUAACGGACGUCAGCAAAGAAUCUGGAAUGUACUGCCACGACGUCGCCACAGCCUUACAACUGCUCGGCUUCGUCAGGCCAGAAAUUACCGAUAAAGGAGUGUCGGUUGCAAUAGCGGUUGACUGGAAAAAGGUGGACACGCACGCCGAAAGGGUGAGAAACAGCAAAACCAGGAUAGCCAUCGAUCCAGAAUGUCUCAGAUGGACACCGCUGGUCAGCAACGCGGUGAAUCCCUUCAGAGAGGAAAAAUCGGAUACCGAGAAAGAUACCAGCGUACAAGAAACUGCUGACAUAAUCGUACCUCAGCCCGAGAAGAUAAUUUUGGAGACCCCCGGUGUCAAACUGAAAAGGGGUAAAAAGAGGAAGAUUUCCUACAGUCCGAGAACUCCCAAACUACCAAAAUCGGAACCGAAGACACCCGCUGCAGCCGCCCUCCCUGUUGCCGAUAAACCCCUCGAAGAAGAGAUCGAAAUAACCUCGUCGGGUAGAAAGAGAACGCGUCCACUAAAAUACAACGAAACCACGUACGCGGACGUCAAGAAGGAGAACAAGAGGAGAAGAAACGAUUCUUCUGCCACCGAAAAAGACCUGGAGGAAGUGAAGAAAAAGGUUAAAGCCGAAGUGACCCCGGUUGCCUCCAAAACUCCCAAACGUAACACGAAUAAUAGCAACGCCGCCGCUGUAGAAGAGACUCCGAAAACUGUCCUGAAGGACGAGAUGUUAACUUCAACCGGUAGAAGGAGAAGAGGCACUGUGCCAACCAAAGAGAAGGUAGUCGGGGAGAGGUGGUCUCAAAGAAGGGCUAAGAAGUUGGAGUUGGAGGAAAAAGUUAAGAUGGAGAGUCAAUCUGAGAAAACGGAGGAAGGAGAGGAAGAUCCAGUGCAGGAAGAACUAGAAGUAGAACCAGUGAAAGAAUCUACCAAAAAGGAAGAUGAGGAAGUAGAUAUCGAGAAAUCCGUCCAAGAAUUGGCACCAACACCUCAGAUUAAAAAGGUCAGAAAGAUGAAGAAGAAACGCGGUUGGGUAAAGGGCAGACCACGCAACAGCACCUCGAAACAACUCACCCUACCGGAGAUGAUGCGGACCAAACUGCAGAAGGAGAGCGAAAGUGAAUCUCUGAUAUCCGAGAAAUCAGAUGAUGAAGUGGUUCCCAAAGAAACGACGUCAGUAUCGGAAGAUCCUGUGGUUACAACACCUGAAAAAACCGAAGGAGCGAGAACUAAACCCAAAGAGAAGAGGAAGAGCACGCCUAGAAUAUCUACGGAGGAAGAUUCUAGUGCUGAGGCCGACGAUGAGAUGGAAAAAGACGAGCUACCGCCCAAAGAAACAUUGUCACCAGCUACCAAAUACAAACUGAACAAAUUGAGUCCGACCAAAGAUAAAGAACUCAGGUCGCCGAUUAAGAAAGAAUCUCCCGUCGUAGCCAAAGAAGAGAAAGCGGAAGAAGCUCCUGCUGAAGGUAAAGUCAAAACGAAGUCGCCUUUAUAUUCUACAACUUCAGAAUCUGAGACCGAAAUAGACGGUCAGAAGAUAAAGACGAUAUCUCAUAAGGAGAUCAUGAUGGAUAUCGUCAAACAGGCUACGCCCGAAACCUCGCCCACUAUUUUACAGCAAACCAAAGAAGAAGUCGAAACAUCAGAUACGGUCAAAACGUUACCUGAUCCUAUUAAGAACGAGGAACAAACGGAAAAAUCCGAGGAAGGUAUUGAAAAGGGCGCCAAAGAAGAAGCUAAACCAGAGGCCAUGGAAAUCGAGAAGAUAGAAAGUGAACCAAUAGAAAACGUACCUGAAGAACCGAUCGAAAACGAAUCGACACAACCUGUAGAUAUGGAGAUCGAGACCGAUUCGUCCAAAGAAGUCAGUCCUGAACAAUCAUUGAUAGAGAAUGUUCAAAAACCGGAGGAGAAACCCAAAGAGGUGCAAAGCGUUGAACCGAAUCCCCCAGUGGUUGUGAUAGAAGAUGAACCACCUCGAACGCCCCCAUGUCAACCGAAACAGGCGUCGCCACUGAAAUCUGAUCCUCCAGAGACUCAAACGCAGAUACAACCACAACAGUUGCAACCGCAACCUAGUCCACAACAGUUGCAACCGCAACCGAGUCCACAACAGUUGCAAAUGCAACCGAGUCCACAACAGUUGCAAAUGCAAAUGUCGCAACAACUUCAACCGGCGCAGCAGUCGCACUCUCAGGUUCAACAACAACCUUUAAUAUCGACCCAAACACAAAUGCCCCAGCAACCACAACAGUCACAACUUCAGAUACAAAAACCUCAUAUACCGCAGCAUAAUCUGCCCCAACCUCAACAUCAGUCUCAACCUCCUCCUCCUCAAUUUUCUCAGCCACACAUGCACAUUCUGCAACAACAGCAAAAACAGCAGCAUCCGAUAACAACUUCCCAACCUUCCGUUGCACACCAAACUCCCCAACUCCAAAAAACCGAAAACAGGCCUCUUGCUGUCGACGACAAAAAAAUGCAGAGCGAUAGAGAGAAACAGAGGACGGAACCCGCAGCUCCUAAGGUGGAGUCUGCGACGGCUCCACCCAAGCACAAGAACGAACCAUCGUAUUUCAACUCGACCAUGCUCCAACCUCAACAUUUGCCGUUCAGUCAACCGGAACCAGUGAUGAGUUCUUGCGUUUCACACGCUUCAACGCCUAUCAAUCCCGUCAUGUCUCAACCUUUGAUGCCCGUUACCUUACCACCCGUUCCGAUGACCACGCAAUCGGAAGCUCAUCAUCAUCAUCAUCAGAAAGAGUCCUUCGGUCAGAACAACGCGAAAGUGGAAAAAUCACAAGAACGGCCCCAACCUCAGGUCAAACCGGCGGAAAAAGAGACUCCCAGGGAAGUCAAGGAGAUUUACCAACAGCAGCAGCAGCACAGGCAAACCAUCGAACACCACCACGUACACCAAGACCACAGAAUACAGAACGAGACCCAGAAAUACCAGUCUUCUUCGUCCAGCAACAGACCCAGGGAGGAAACGCAGAAAACCCGGCAAGAGGUCGUGCACAAAUCGAAACGGGAAGAAGAGAAGAGACACCACGUCAAAUCGAGUCACGAGGAAAAGUCGGCUUACGAUAAGACCAAGAUGCAGCUGGAACAGGAGAAUCUCCUGGCCACCCAGUACGCGCAGUUCAACCAAUGGCAGUGGGAAAGAUUGGCUUGGGAGAAGACCUACCCGAUGGGCUACCAGGGCUAUCCCAUGCCUUUGCAGUUCCCCCAUCUGGACAUGCUGCAGACGACGGCCGCUCCCACUAACCCCAAGCAGCAGACACCCGAAAAGGACAAAUCGAAAUCUCACAGACACGAGUCCAAACAGAGCAGCGGUGGUGGUAGUAGCAGUAGCAACAGCGGAAGGAGUAAAGAGAAGGAGAGGUCGGAUCGUGACAAGCAAUACCCGAGAAAGGAGGAUAAAAACAGGAGAUCCGACCAGGAUCAGAACAGGCAUCAUUCGUCGGACCAAAGGAUGAGCCACGCCAGCUCUGUUAUGACCCACCAGCCGAAAGCAAUGACUUCCUCCGACAAGAACAAGGGUAAACCUGAAACAAUCGACUCUAAAAACGACGCCGCGGACGCUCACGCAGCCUCCAAGCACACGCCGCCCGGUCCCAACCCCCAGGACAUCCCUUCGAUGGGCGUGUAUACUCCAGACUCCACGACCAACUCCGUGCACAGUCUACAUUACGGCCAGUGCGACCUAGAUGUCGCCCAGUUGAACUUGGAGUCACCUGCGUCAAUAUCCAGCGAUAUGGCGUCGCAGAAUUCGGUAGAACCUAUCAGGCCACCUUCGGAGAUCUCGGUGGCGCACCAACAGCAGCAGCAGCAACAACAGCAGCAGAGCCAUCCGCACAACUACGAUUGCGCGGUUCAGCAUAACAUGCAGCAGGGCAACAUGCAGGUGCAACAAACGAGCAUUCCGGCUUCCAGUCCGAACAUAGGUAGCGGCAUGCAGAUGCCCCAACAGCAGGCUUCGAACAAAAGGAGUGGUGUGCAACAACAGAGAAAUAGAUCCAGCACCCCCUCCAAGCAGCACAUGCGAGCAACCCCGCCCAGCGCCUCGCAACCCGCCCAACAACACUCCGGAAGCUCCUCCCUGCAACAGAGCCGACAGAGAUCGACGCCCCCCAACUCCCAACAACAGCACGCUGCCAUGCAACAGCAGGCCAGUCCUUCGACCCAAAACCAAUCGCUGCAAACUUCGAUGCAACAGCAGAACGCCUCUCAGCAGUUGCCUUCUCACGCGUCCCUCCACCAUCAAGUGAUGCAUCAGGGUUACGGCCACCAUCCUCAACUGAGCGCAUCUCCCAUGCACCAGCAUCCCCACCACCACUCGGUGAUAUCGCAGUCUAAUUACAUACCGGUCAGCAGCACCCACCAGUUUCCAUCUCAGAGCAGCACCAACACCUACGUCAACGUGCCGAUGACCACGGUCAUACAGCAUCACAGGAUGAACCCCCAGCAGACUGCGAUAAGCGCCUUGGCGGGUCUCGGAGGCACGCACCAAAAAUUGGGUGGUUCUCCCGCUUGUGCCGUCACAACCGGCGCUAAUUUCUUCAUUCAGACCAACAGCCACACCCACGUCCACACGCCCGGACCCAUACCUACUCCUACGCCAACUGCCACCAUACAAGGAAACCCUGGACAAGGUGGUGGAGGUUCCGGAAAUUCCAGUUGUAGCCUGGCUAAGCUCCAACAGUUGACGAACGGUCUCGAUAUGAUCCAACCCUCUUGCAAUACGAUGACUCCGCCUCCCACAGCCAUGACGUUGACGCCUCCUCCCACGCAUCACUCCAUGACCCCGCCUCCCACUCACCAGAUGAUACAGAAUCAACACGUGAGGAAUUUGUCAACGCCUCCAUCGGCCCUUCCUCCCAACCUACAACAGCAGGUACUGGGUUACCACAAGUAUUACCAGACGAACAUGAACUCGAAUCAGUUGGGCGGUGCGGUGACGCCCCCUAUCGGUCAGAAUUUGGCGAGGUCUGGCAGGAACUCUUCGAAUGUGGUGCAACACAUGCAGACCCCGGCCAGUAGGGUGUCGCCGAACGUCACCCUGAACACUAACAUGAUGUACAAUCCGCUGAAUAAUUACCGCAUGGCUGCGCAACAAGCUCCUGGUACGGUUACCGGCUACAUCACGAAUACCGCGGCAGGUUUCAUAAGCAAUCCCCAGAUUCCGAUGCAGAUGGGCGUUAUGAACAUGACGCAGACGCAGUAUCAGGAUCCGGCCGCCAUUCAAAGGGCGGCCCAACAGAACACCAUGUAUACCUACGGUUAUAUCAACGGAGGCCUGAUGUCGCAGUUGAACGGAUCCAUGAGACGAUGAGUUUAAGUGUACAUAGUUUACUGUAUAUAGAAGAAUUAAAGUUCAACAGAUAACGUGAUGUGAGAAUUAUCAUUAAAAUAAUAUUAAACUGGUAGAUUAUCUUUUGAACUUUAAAUUUCAAAUGUAUAUUUGUCAAUUGAGUGAUGAAUAAUUUGGUCGGUCCAUUUAUAACUUUGUUUUUUUCAUAAGUAAAGUUAAUCUUUUCAAACUGAUAUUGUUGCAUACCUUUUAUAUCAUAGCGAGAUAGGCUGAGAAAAAAGUUACUAUUUGUCAUUGAAAGAAAAAAUAUCAUUUUGUAACCAACAAUAUCAGUUUAAAUUAUGUUAACUAGUCUUGUAUAUAGGUUUAUUUCUUUUGAAAAAUGUUUUAUGAAUGGCCCGAUAAAAUUUGUGAUUACUCCAAUACUAAUACAAGCUUAGUAGAAGUGAAAAUUUGCCUUAUCGAUGUUGAUUCACAAUGUAUGUAUCGAAAAAAAUGUUAUGUUUAAACGAAACGGCUGUGCAAGCUUUUUGUACAUAUUUUUUUAUAUUUUGAACAUGGAAAAUGUUAUUUUAAGUGAUGCACUAUAAGAUUCGUUAACUUUAUCCAGGUAAUUUCGUUAUUAACUUUUUUUUUAAUUUUGAUUAAUCUGGAUUAAUAUUGGUAUUAUUCUAAUUUGAUUUAGAAACAUUUUGAAGAUUCUGAUAAGAUACAAAAGUAGAAUGUGGAAUAUAUGUAGAAGUCUACGUUCAUGAUAUAUUUUAGCAUAUAUACCAUGUCUUGAAAAUGAAAGUAUUUAUUUAUUUGAUACGAUGUAAAUACCUGUGAAUACUAAUAUUAAAAGGAUUUAAUAUAAAUGGAUAGGGACGAGGUUUUAUCUAUUAUAGUUGAGAUUUUUCUAUUAUCUUUGUUCAUGCAAGUUUGUUUUUUAUUAUUGAGGUAACAAUUGACGAAUUAUGGACAAAUUCUUAAAUUGUUGCAGUUUUGUAUGAUAGCACUUUAGAUUUGUUAGGAUUCUUUGUUUACCUCAGUUUAUUGUAUAUUUCAGGUUUGUAUAUCACAACAAUCCACACAAUAUAAAAGAUGUUAGUUUUCAAA